AUGCAAGGAGGUGUCUCCAAAUGGGAAGGCUACGCCGACUGGAGGAACAGAGCCGCCGUGAAAGGCCGUCAUGGCGGCAUGUUAGCCGCUUCUUUCGUCUUAGCGGUGGAGGUACUGGAGAAUCUAGCCUUUUUAGCGAACGCGAGCAACUUGGUCAUAUAUCUGACGAAAUUCAUGCACUUGCCGCUGUCGAGAGCGGUGAGUGAAGUGAGUGCUUUCAUGGCCACAUCCUUCCUCUUCGCUCUCGUCGGUGGCUUUCUCUCCGACGCCUUCUUCUCCACUUUUACCAUCUUCCUCAUCUCCGCCUCCAUCGAGUUUCUGGGACUAAUCCUGCUCACAAUCCAAGCCCGUAGUCCGUCUUUAAAGCCACCGCCGUGCGUGAGCUCCGCCGCGUCACCAUGCGAAGCCGUCACUGGUUCGAAGGCGACGCUUCUGUUCUUGGGGCUGUACGUAGUUGCAUUUGGAAUCGGAGGAAUAAAAGGGUCACUGCCUUCACAUGGAGCAGAGCAAUUCGAUGACAGCACGCCCAACGGUCGAAAACAGAGAUCUACAUUCUUCAACUACUUUGUGUUCUGUCUCGCAACUGGAGGACUCGUGGCUGUGACGUUCGUUGCCUGGCUUGAAGACAAUGUAGGUUGGGAAUGGGGAUUUGGUGCGUCCACAGUUUCCAUCUUUCUCUCCAUUCUUUUAUUUCUAUCGGGUUCCAGGUUUUAUAAGAACAAAGACCCUCGUGGAAGUCCUCUCACCAUAAUCUUUAAGGUUCUUCUAGCUGCUUGCGUAGUUGGUUGCUCGCGUAAAAGUUCGAGUGAUAACGAUGCUGUGAACAACUCUGUGACCCCAACUAAUCACCUUGUUACCAAAGAAGAUCAAUUAGAUGAAGAAGGAGAAAAGAGGACUUCUCAGUCACUAACCAAUAGCUUGAGAUUUCUAAACAGAGCGGUAGAAGGCAAAACGGUCCAAAGAUUGCUCGAAUGUUCGGUCCAUGAAGUCGAAGACGUGAAGGUUGUGCUCAAAGUGCUUCCCAUAUUCAUAUGCACUAUCAUGCUCAAUACCUGCUUAGCUCAGCUCAGUACCUACUCUGUCAAGCAAGCCCAGACGAUGAACAGAAAAAUCGGAAACUUAACCGUCCCUGCAGCUUCUUUACCGGUUUUUCCAAUCGUGUUCAUGAUGAUUCUUGCUCCAGUCUACGACCAUCUGAUCAUCCCAUUCGCUAGAAGAGUAACCAAAUCAGAAAUGGGUAUCAGCCAUUUGCAAAGAAUCGGUGUUGGCUUACUUCUUUCGAUACUAGGAACGGCAGUGGCUGCUCUAGUAGAGAUAAAGCGAAAGCGAGUGGUAGCAGAAGCUGGAUUGCUUGACUCACAAGAAACAGUACCGAUUAGUUUCCUAUGGGUCGCGUUUCAGUAUCUGUUCCUAGGAUCAGCUGAUCUGUUCACACUAGCUGGACUCCUAGAGUUUUUCUUCACGGAAGCACCUUCUUCUAUGAGAUCAUUGGCCACAUCGCUCUCAUGGGGCUCUUUGGCUUUGGGGUAUUACCAAAGCUCGGCGAUAGUUCCGAUUGUGAACAGUGUGAGCCAGAUUGGAGGAAACAGUCCAUGGCUUGGUGAGAACAUAAACUGUAACAGGCUAGACUUGUACUACUGGCUUCUUUGUGGUCUGAGUGUUGUCAACUUCUUGCAGUAUCUCUUCUUUGCAAUGCGUUACAAGUACGUAUCAACUGGUUCCAGAAAGUGA